AACAUACAAUGUUAACUAUAUUGGAAAGAGAGCUUUUACAUUGGACGUAUACAAGGUGCGACAACAAACGUAUCGACUCUUCGUGAUGCGGAACAAACCGAGUAAAAUCGUAAAAACCAUUUGCGUUUGGAGUACGUGUAUGGUCGUUUUCUUCUGCGUCAUUGAUCAUACUGUCGUGUCGAUUGGCAUCAAAUCGACAAAAUACACCAUCGAUGACAAGCACGUCGGUAUAACUCAUCAAUAUGACGCCGAAUUCGAGGAACUGACAAGAAAAGAGCAACCAAAGGUGAAAUGGAACAAUUUUUAUUUGAACUACUCCGGUAAAGUCGAUCGCCUACAACUACAAGCGAUUGAAGCCAGAUACUUUUCUCUACCUGAAACAAAGGUAAAUCCUAUUGAUCAUGAACUGAUCAUAACUGGUAAACCUAUUUGUGAUCUGAACUCGCCAUAUUUGUUAAUAGUCGUACCAUCUGUUCCAAGUCAUGUCAGCAUAAGAGCCGUAAUAAGGAAUACUAUUGGAUCUUACGGGCGAUACACGUCUCCGUUCUCGGUGAAAUUGGUGUUCGUUUUAGGGCGGGACGGGGACGCCUAUACUGAUCUCGCCGUCCGCAAUGAAAGUCACUUCUAUGGUGACAUUGUACAGGCGGAUUUUGUGGAGUCGUAUUACAACUUAACGAGAAAAAUGUUGGUGACGCUCAAGUGGGUAUCUGUUUACUGCAGUGAGAUCGAUUAUAUGUUAAAACUAGACGAAGACGUGUUCGUUAACAUUCCAGUCUUAAUAAAAUACUUAAAGACAUUCAGGUAUACGACAGAUGGAUCUAUUCACGGCCACAUUAACUCCGAUUCUCCAGUGAGGCGCACAGGCAAAUGGGCUGUUAAAUGGACCGAUUUUCCAAUGCCUCAGUAUCCCAACUACGCAGCUGGUAACUCAUACGUCAUUUCCGGUAACAUCAUUUCGAGAAUGUUCACAGUAUCCGAAUAUUUGCCAUAUAUACCGAUAGAAGAUGUCUUUGUAACAGGAAUUCUGGGUAAAAUUGUAAAGGCUGAGCUGGUGCAACAUAACGGAUUCACAUAUUGGCUUGACAGUGAACCAUUUCCAUGCGCGUUUGCAGUAUCCGGCAAAAUUUCGUCAACGAAAGUAUCUUCUUUCCUUAUGAGGGAGUUAUGGAAUGCCUGUACAGCUUUUCAUACAUUUUGUUAACAAAUAUGUUGUAUUUUGCAAAGCAAAGCAUUUAUGUUUAGUUUAAACCUAUUUAUUUUUGCUCGAUUGCAUCAAAAGCCUAAGGCUUAUAUAAAUGCUCUCGAGUCCGUUUCCUGGGCCUAGAACUAGUACUUUUUUAUUAUCAUUCAAUAUAAGACAUACAAUGUAUACAUGUAUAUGAUCAUAAAACUAAGUGAUACCAUGUACCAACAAUAAUGUUCAGACAUGUUAUACAAUAUAUGCAAAUUUAUAUACUUUUUUGACUUCGUGAUUUCCUUUAGAUUAAAAAAGAAGGGUUUAUAGAAAAGAAACGAAGAAAAGAAAAAAAACAACAGAAUAGUUGUGAAUAAGGAUGAGUUGCAUGAAGAGGGUAGAAGCAUACUGGACUUGUUUAUGAAAGUUUAAUGUGUUUCCAUUUUUGUUCAAAUAUAUGAAGUGUAUAAUUGCUAAGGGCAAUUUCUUUUUCAAUUUGGAUCUUUAGUUUUAAAUAAUUGAUAAAACCGUUCAUUGUAGGUAUUUG